ACAGUUCCGAUCCGACCCUCGAGCCGUUACCACGUACUUUCGCGCAGUGUACUAUGUGUUCAAUCGCAUUUUAGGUGGCUCCCGCGAUACCGGUUUUCAAGCUGCGUACGGGUGGCAAGGAAAUACACACUUUUACAUUGCACUUUCGAGAUGUAAUUGAGGAUUAAGAACUACUUCGUUCACUGUGGAUACUUAGCACAAAUACUUUGAGCUAUUGCAUUACUUAAACUAUAGAAUAAAAGAGAAAUGGCUGCGAGGUACCUCACUGCCCAGCAGGGACUGGGCUUUUUUGGCCUUUUAAUCCUGCUCUGCUCGGCGGUUUUGGGCAAGUCGCAAAUGUGCGAAGUGGAAACCGGUCAAACGAAUAUUAUUCUCGACAUCGAGGAAAGCCGAGAGUCAUUCAUCGGACAGCCAACCACUCCGCCAGAGCUUCCAAUUUUCGGCGAUCCGGAGACGGAGAUCGCUUUGAAUUUGGUCUUUCCGAAAGGCCAGCCGAUCUUUCAAUUAAACGGCAAGAAACUCCAACUGCUGCAGCCUCUGGACCGAGAUGAGGAGAACCUCAGUCACAUUGUCUUUCAGGUCUCCUGCACCACCAGGUCCACGAACAAGAAGCGCACCAUUCCCAUUAUUGUUCGGGUGUCGGACAUAAAUGACAAUGCGCCGCGUUUCAUGAACACGCCCUACGAGGUUACCGUUCCCGAGAGCACACCGGUGGGAACCACUAUAUUUCGAAACAUUCAGGCCCUCGAUAAGGACGCAGGUGUCAAUGGGCUGGUCGAGUAUUUCAUAGCCGAGGGAAGUCCCAAUUCCACCGAUAUCGAGAAAUAUAGUGCAGAUGGGUAUGGAACCUUUGCCAUAUCGUUUCCUCACCAGGGUCAAGUUACUGUUGCCAAGACUUUGGACUUUGAAAAGAUACAAACAUAUUAUCUUACUAUUGUGGCUUCGGAUCGGGCACGCAAUACCGCAGAUCGCCUGUCAUCGACCACAACUUUGACAGUGAAUAUAGCCGACUCGAACGACCUGGAUCCUUCGUUCAUAUACAGCGGAUGUGUUUCGCUUGAUGGCGCCUGCAUAAAUCCGGAGUACUCAGCAUCCGUGCCGGCUGGAUCCUUGCUGGGAGUACUUACAGUUCUGCCAGAAAGGAUUCAGGCAGUGGAUCUGGAUACCAUCAACUCCCCGAUUCGCUACAGCUUUGCCAGUGGAAUGCCCGGCAACUACGCUGACUACUUCCAGAUUGAUGAGAACACGGGGGUGCUGAAGCAAACGAAAGCUAUAGAUACUUCGACUGCGAAAAAGUAUGACAUCAUAGUGAAAGCAGAAGAGGUCUCCCCGGGUCCACAGCGAUUCACAACGGCCAAGCUGGCUAUUUCUGUUAAGCCAGUGGAUGCCAAUCCCCCAGUAAUAUCAUCAUCUCAGACCGAGGGCUACGUAGAUGAGAACUCGCCAAUAGGAACAAGGGUCUUGGACUCGACAGGUAACCCUAUAUCGUUCAAAACCACAGAUGCCGACCUGAGUGACACCGAUCCGAAGCCAGACUAUAUAUACGAGCUGACCACGCCGUCGUUCAAUGUGACAGGCGAUGGCAUCUUGAUUGUCAACGAGGAUAACCUCGACCGCGACCCUCCUGCGCCAGGACGUUUCAAGUUUCAAGUGGUGGCCAGGGAACCGCGAACCAAUGCGGCCAGUGCUCCCCUGAGUCUCACGGUCCACCUACGAGAUGUGAACGACAAUGCCCCCAAGCUGGCCAUGGUGCCACCGAUCUCCAUAACAGCCGGGGAUCAGAGCGAAAGUCGGCUGGUCACCCAGGUCAUAGCCACCGACAACGACGAGGGGCCGAAUGCCGUGGUGACCUACUCCAUUUACCACGUCUCCAACAACGGCAUCCAGAAGUUCACCAUCAACGAGACGACGGGUGAGAUCAGGACCCAAGGACGUUUGCUGGCGGGUGAGCAGUAUAGCAUUACGGUGCAGGCCACCGAUAUCGGAGGACUCUCCUCCCAGGCUAUAGUCGAGGUGAGUGUGACCCCGGGACCGAACACGAAGCCACCACGUUUCCAGAAGCCCAUCUACGAGGUCCAGGUCAGCGAAGGAGCAGAAAUCAACUCCACUGUCACGGUAGUUCAUGCCGAGGAUCCGGAAAACGAUGCUGUUACCUACUCCAUAAUAUCGGGCAACGAUCUGCGCCAGUUUGCUGUGGGUCAGGAGAGUGGAGUAAUCAUAGUCAUACGGAAACUAGAUCGUGAGAGUUUGACCCGCUACCAGCUGAUCCUUAAAGCGGAGGACACUGGAGGUCUCUCCAGCAGUGCCACUGUCAAUAUCAAGGUGACGGAUAUCAAUGACAAGAACCCGGAGUUUGAUGCCUCUACGUUACCCUAUGUCUUCCAAGUAGAGGAAGGCAAAUCGCAGGCAUCCGUUGGAGUGGUUCAUGCCACCGAUGCCGAUGAGGGUAUCAAUGCUGAGAUCACCUACUCCAUUCCGACUGAUAUACCCUUCACUAUAAAUGCUACUUCCGGAGAGAUUCUUACAGCUAAGGAGCUGGACUAUGAGCAGUUGAAUGAGUACAAGUUUGUGGUUACCGCCAAGGAUGGUGCGCCGGAUGCUCGACUGGGAACAGCUAGUGUUACAGUAAUGGUUCUCGAUCUUCCGGAUGAGGUUCCCAAAUUCAGCGAUUCCCGCAUCGAUGUGCAUAUUCCGGAGAACGAAGAAAACUUCCUAGUGGCCACUGUGCAAGCUUUUGAUCCGGAUUCGAUGCCGGAAAUCACUUACGUUCUGCGUAAGGGUAAUGCGGAACUCUUUAAGGUUUCAGACAAAACCGGAGAAGUCAGGACCGUCAAGGGACUGGAUUAUGAAGGCCAGAAGCAGCACCAGCUGACCAUUGGAACUAUCGAGAAUGAUGGCGAUGGGCCAGGAGAUACGGUUCACCUGGUGGUGGAUGUCGAAGAUCGCAACGAUUUACCGCCGAGGUUUAUCACCGUACCCGAUCCCGUGACCGUAAACGAUGACCAGAGCAUAGGUACCAUCAUUGCCACUCUUCCAGCAAUUGAUGGCGAUGGCACUUCUCCCGGAAAUGUGGUACGCUAUGAGAUAGUUGGGCGUGGCAAGGCUCCCAAGUACUUCCAAGUAGAUCCGGACACCGGAGCAGUUCGCAUACGAGAUGAAUUGCAGAAAGAAGAGGAUACGGAGUACCAGGUGGACAUACGAGCUUAUGACUUGGGGGAACCCCAGCUGAGCUCAGUGGCUCCCCUGCGAGUCGAUGUACAUCAUCUUUUGUCCAACGGUAAUAACGAAAUUAAAUUGGACAAUAAAUUGGAAAGUGGAAUGGUUAUGAGCAGUGAAAGUAUAGGCUUGGCCUUCAGUGAUGAUAGCUACACCACCAGUGUGCCGGAGUCAAUGGAAACAAAUAGCACCCUCAAACUCAUUCAAAUAGUGAAUUCAAAGACAUCAACUGAUGGACCACCUGCCUUCAAGUGUGAAAUUGUCCAUGGAAACGAGGAGGGAGUUUUUAAUUUGAGCUCUGCCGAUCAUGGUUGCAACUUGCUGCUCAUCCAACCACUGGACUAUGAAAACAAGACCUCGUACAGCCUCAAGUUGCGACUGACAUCGCAUCGUUACUUCGUCAACCCACUGAAAGAUACUACCAAUGUGGAGAUAAUAGUUCAGGAUGAGAACGACAAUGCACCGGAGUUUGAGUUCAAUAGGCUGCGUGGCCAACAAGACACUUUCUACACGGUGGUAACCGAGGAAAUGGAUGUUGACACAACCAUUUUGCAGGUGCGUGCCACAGAUCGUGAUUCGGGUAAAUUUGGAACCGUUCGAUACGCUCUCUUCGACGAUGAUGAGAACCGGGUUGAUAUGCCCACGAGUUUCUUCAUGAUGUCCGAAGAUACUGGAGUCUUGCGCACUGCACGGCACUUUAAAAAUGAGAACGACUUUCCGCUGACAUUUUUGGUCGAAGCCCGUGAUAGCGAUGCCCAGGAGCAGGGAUCUCAUCGCACGAGGGCCCGGAUAGUUGUCAAUAAACUGGCGGAUAUAAAUCGUAUGGCUCUAUCCUUCCCGAAUGCAGCACCCAGCGACCUUCGCAACUACUACACGGAGUUAGAGGAGCUGCUGGACAAGAAGACCGGACUGGUUAGCGGCAUUGAGCGAAUGAGCAGUCAAAAGUAUCUGGCCAAGAACGGAUCUGUGAUCGAGAACCCAGCUGCAACGGAUAUAUGGUUCUAUCUGAUCGAUCCCAAGACAGAACAGCUGUUGAGUCGCAAGGACAGCAUUGUGGAGACGACUUUACUAGAACCAGCUGCGCGAUCGGAACUGAAUAUCGCAUUACCCAAAGCCACAGCCGAAAGUAUCUCAUUUCCACUUGAGAGAAAAGAACAGGUUCAUAAGGUCAAAGCCGCCGUAGCCAUUGAUAACGAGGUCUUCCCCUUCACUCUCAUCGCCAUAUCACUUGUAAUACUCAUUCUAGGAACAAUCGGCAUCAUUUACAUCUGCAUUUCUUGGUCAAAAUAUAAAAACUUCAAGCAAAGGAUGCGCCAGUACUCCUCCACUAAUCCAACCCGGUACGAUCCCGUGAUCGUUAACCAGCAGGCCUCAAAUGCCAGCGAAACCAUAGCUAACAUGAAGGAGUACGAAACACAGAUGCUUGCGAUGGCAGUGCCUCCGGAUGUGGACGACGAUCUGCAGCUGGACUUCAGUGCCAAGAACCAUGCCUUCUCGCUGGACAAUGUCAGCUAUAUAACGCACAAGGAGAACACCAACGGAGGUGGACAGUCCAGUCCGUCUCACUCGGAUGCCACGACAGCCACGAUUGCCACACUGCGCCGGCACAAGAAUCUCAACAAUGCCAACAUGAACAACAAUCUGGCCAUUAACAACAGGCAGAACACCUUCAACCGAACUCUGGAGAUGAAUACCCGCAACAAUGCCAACCCACUGGGAUCUCCUGCAAACGGAGCCCUUUCCGGCACCCUGACUUUGGGCCGCAUAAAACACCAAAAUAGUAAUCAUUACCAGAACGGGGCCUACAAUAUAGAUCCGACUGGCCCCAACAACAUGGCAAAUGCCAAAAAUAAUGCCUACAGUACGAUGGGAAGGCGGGGGAAUACCUUCUGCGACGUGGGGUUGCUCAACGGCAAUGGCGAACUGAUGAAUGCCACAUUGGGUCGAAAUGGCCAGCUUAACAAUCGACUUUACGGUGGAGAGGUGCCCAUAACAAACCCGCUGUUUCAAAGAUCCAAUUCUGAUCACAACCACCUAAGCAGCACAAACGAGAACGUUUCCUUCGGCAAGAGGGACUACGGCCAAAUAGGCUUCUCAUAUCUGAAUGAUUUGGACAGAUCGGAGGUAGAGACUACGACGGAACUGUAGGGAAAUGAUUGAGAAGAACUGGUUUCAACAUAUAGCAGACUUUGUUAAUAUAUUUAGCUGCCAAUUUAUAUUUUUAAUAGUGCAUUUUAACAACGAGAGCGGUUGCCAUCAAAAUAUGAUCAUAGCAUAUGCAAUCUGUAAAUAUUUGAGUAGAAAUACUGAACGGAGGAACUGAUAACUGAUAUAUUUAACUGUGCUUUAAGAUCAAAUAAUUACAGUCAUUAAUUUUAAGCAAACAGAGUGCAUAUUUUGUAUUUUUAAGAAACUACAAAAGCUGGCAUUUUCUGUAGGAAAUGUAAAUUGUUAAAUGUAUGUGCAUAUACAUGCAUAGAAAUGAACAAAUAUUAAGUUGUAUAAAUUAUGAAAAGCCAAUAAGUGUAAAUAAAUAUAUACGAAAACCAA